UCUUACCUCCACCAUAAAUCCAUCCCUCUGUGUAGGUUCAGUGAUGGCCGCUGGCCCCGUACGUCUUACCUCCACCAUAAAUCCAUCCCUCUGUGUAGGUUCAGUAAUGGCCGCUGGCCCCGUACGUCUUGCCUCCAUCAUAAAUCCAUCCCUCGGUGUAGGUGCAAUGAUGGCCGCUGGCCCCGUAACGUCUUACCUCCACCAUAAAUCCAUCCCUCUGUGUAGGUUCAGUAAUGGCCGCUGGCCCCGUACGUCUUACCUCCAUCAUAAAUCCAUACCUCGGUGACCAAUCGGUAAAUAGCCUAUGGUGCCAGGCUGCAGCACUGAUGC